ACCGUUUCAAGUUCCCCCUCGGCUGAAACCCUGCCUGAUUUGUGGGCAAUGUUGGGGAUGUAGAAAAAAGGAAACCGGAGCAAAGAACACUAACUGGGUAGCUAUGGAGAUAGUAGGUUUUCCUUGUAGCUUUCUUUGACAGGUGUCGGACUGUGGGAUAAACAAAAGUAACGAAACAGCCUGCAGUAUGUACGCCAAGGGGAAAGGAGCAGUGGUCCCUUCCGAUAGCCAAGCAAGGGAGAAGUUAGCGCUGUACGUGUACGAGUACCUGCUUCACGUGGGAGCACAGAAGUCUGCACAGACCUUCCUGUCCGAGAUUCGAUGGGAGAAGAACAUUACAUUAGGGGAGCCCCCUGGAUUCCUACACUCAUGGUGGUGUGUAUUCUGGGAUUUGUAUUGUGCUGCCCCGGACCGAAGGGAGACCUGCGAGCACUCCAGCGAGGCCAAGGCCUUCCAUGAUUAUGUAAGUGACAGGCCUCCCAGCCAAUGGGGCAUCUGGAUGGUGGGGAUGGGUGGGACAGUGUUUUCUUGGCUUCCAAUCAGUAUUCUAUUCACACAAGGAUGUGUGUUUGUCUGUCUGUGUGUUGUGUUGUUUUGGGAUUUUGUGUGUCUGUGUCUGCAACUGUGUUUGUGUGAGGCUGUCCAUGUGUAGCACUUUUUGGACUCCUGGCCUAAGACUGUGUGUGCGUUGUGUGUAGUGUGGAGAGAUAAUGGAAUAGAGUUCUAAUCCGCUAAUCCCGGCACUGGGCCGGGGCUAAGCCAGGGAUUUUGAGUGGGGGGGUGAG